AUGAAUUUCCCUUCCAUUAACAAAAGCCUUGACUCCCGCAAGCCCACUGUCCCCAAACCCACUGUCCUCAAACCCACUGUCCCCAAACCCACUGUCCUCAAACCCACUGUCCCCAAACCCACUGUCCCCAAGCCCACUGUCCCCAAACCCACUGUCCUCAAACCCACUGUCCCCAAACCCACUGUCCUCAAACCCACUGUCCUCAAACCCACUGUCCCCAAGCCCACUGUCCCCAAACCCACUGUCCCCAAACCCACUGUCCUCAAACCCACUGUCCCCAAACCCACUGUCCUCAAACCCACUGUCCUCAAACCCACUGUCCCCAAGCCCACUGUCCCCAAACCCACUGUCCCCAAACCCACUGUCCUCAAACCCACUGUCCCCAAACCCACUGUCCUCAAACCCACUGUCCUCAAACCCACUGUCCCCAAGCCCACUGUCCCCAAACCCACUGUCCCCAAACCCACUGUCCUCAAACCCACUGUCCCCAAACCCACUGUCCUCAAACCCACUGUCCCCAAACCCACUGUCCCCAAACCCACUGUCCCCAAACCCACUGUCCCCAAGCCCACUGUCCCCAAACCCCCUGUCCCCAAACCCACUGUCCUCAAACCCACUGUCCCCAAACCCACUGUCCUCAAACCCACUGUCCCCAAACCCACUGUCCUCAAACCCACUGUCCCCAAGCCCACUGUCCCCAAGCCCACUGUCCCCAAACCCACUGUCCCCAAACCCACUGUCCCCAAACCCACUGUCCUCAAACCCACUGUCCCCAAACCCAGUCCUCACUAUUAA